AUGUUUAAGUCACGGAGCAAGAAAAAUAGGAUUAAAGCUGUAUUCAAACUUCAAUUUCAGGCUACUCAGGUGCCAAGGAUGAAAAAAUCUGCACUGAAGGUAGCUUUGGUACCUGAUGAUGUUGGGAAGCCUACGGUGAAACUAGAGAAAGUUGCUGUCCAGGAUGGAACCUGUUCAUGGGAGAAUCCGAUUUUUGAAUCGGUUAAAUUCGUUAGGGACACGAAAUCAGGAAAAAUUCAAGAGAAAAUCUACCAUUUUGUUGUUUCAACUUCUAAUCGUUAUAGGUUCUUGCAGGGAUCUUCAAAGUCUGGCUUUCUUGGAGAAUCCUCAAUCGACUUUGCUGAUUUUGCUGCAGAAACUGAGCCAUUGACUGUAUCCCUACCUCUGAAGUUUGCCAAUUCAGGCGCAAUCCUACAUGUGACAAUUCAGAAUGUGGAAGGGGUGCAGAGAGAUCAAAGUACUUACAGAAACGGGGAAGAUAAUGGAAAUGGAAGCUCAAGACACCUACUGAGCAUUUGCAGUGCAGAUGAAGGUUCUCGUAAUGUCAGUGAAGAUGGGAACCUGACUUUUAAAGCCUCUAACGGCGUCACUCCUGUGGGAACUCUAUGGCAGGAUUUUCCCAAGCUAUUACCACCCUUGAGGCAAAAUUCAAUGCCGUCAAAAGGAACUAUUGAGGCCAUUGCAACAAGAGCUCAAAUACAUAGGGGGUCACUGGGUUCAGCAUCAGAUAGGAAUUUAGGUGACUUCUGGAGGAACAGCCUGGAAGAUACUCUUCCUCGAGAAAGAUUACAAGAGCCUUCAGAUAAUGUCAUCGAAAACCUCCGAAGUGAAAUUGCUUCUCUAAAGAGGAAAGCAGAAGAAUCAGAACUAGAGUUACAAUCGCUUCAGAAGCUGGUUGAGAAGGAAUGCAGUCAAGGACAAAGUAUGUCAAGACAAAUAAUGAACCUCAGAGAGGAGAGAAAUAUGAUCAAAACUAAAUAUGAGCAGCUAAUGUGCCAGCAAAACCUCAAUGAGACCAAAAAUUCAAAAGUCUUACAGACUGAGAUUGAAGAUGCUAGGCUGCAGUUAGAAGCAAUAAAAGAAGAGCUUGCUUAUGAAAAAGAGUUUAGUUCUAACCUUCAAUUGCAACUCCAUAAGAGACAAAACUCAAACUCUGAACUACUUUUAGCAGUGAGAGAACUUGAAGCAAUGAUGGAACAUAAGAAUAAGGAAUUGUUGGACAAUAAUAAAGAGCAUGAUGAUGCCACAGAAUUAGGUCACUUGAAGCAGAAAAUUGCAGACCUGAAUGGUGAAAUAGACAUUUAUUAUAAGCAACGUGAACAGCAAACUGAGCAUAUAGAAGAGCUCAACUUUGAGUGUGAGCUUCUGAAGAAAGAAAACCUGAAUAUCUCUUUGAGAUUUAAACAUGAAGAAGCACAACAAAUUGUGUUACAAAAUAAACAUUCAGCUUCUUUGGCAACUAUAGAACAACUUGAAUCCCAAGUACGGAGAUUAGAAGAAAAGAUAGAGAAGCAGGCAGAUGAUUUUUCAGGCUCAUUUAUUUACAUCAAUGAACUUGAAAAUGAAGUCAGUGGUUUGAAGAGAGAAUUGAAAACACAAGCAGAAGAAUUUAUAAAAGAUUUGCAAGCCAUGAAAUGUGCAAAACUUGAGCAGGAAGAACGGGCCAUCCAAACAGAGGAGACUUUGAUAGAGACUAAACACAACAAUGAUCUCACAUGUCAGCGUUUUCAGGAUGAAUAUAGAAGUCUUUUAGUUGAAAUGACACUGAAAGUAGAAGAACACGAAAAGAAGUCCAUGGAAGCUUAUCAAGAAGCUAAUGAAUUGCAGAAUCAGAACAAAUUUAUGGAAGAAAUUGUCCAGAAAUGCAAUCAAGAGAUUAGGGUUAUUACAAAUCAGAAUGAAUUGAAACUUCAACAGCUCUUGAACCAAAUGGAUUCAAAAGAAAAGAAAGUGGAAAUGAUGUCACAAGAACUAGAGAUUAACUCCAAACAACUUGAUGAUGUACAAAGGCACAGGGAUGAAAAGGAUAAGGCAUUAACAAAGCAAAUUCAAGUGCUCAGAAUUGAAAUUAGAAAGCUGAUGCUAGAGGAGUAUGCAUUGUCUAAAGCUGAUCCAACAGAGCACAUGUUAAUGCAAGAGAAAAAUGAUGAGGAGAUAAGGUUUGACACCCUAAUGUCAGAAGUAGAAAUCUUUAAGACUCAGCACGAUGAAUUAAAACAUAACUUGCAUGUGGAACAAGCAGAGAAAGAAAAUAUGAAGGAAAAAAUAUCUCAAUUAGAAGAAGAGGUUAAGAAGAAGGAAGAAGAGCUAAGUGCUGUAGAAAAAAGGCUCAAGAAUAGCAAAGGACAAGCAACAGCCAAAAGUAUGAAUUUGGCUUCAUGGUACCACGAGAGUGCUGCAUCUGGUUCAUCAACUAAGGAGUACAAUAGGAAGUCAAGAUCAGAAAUGCAGACGGGAAUGGACGAUGCAAACACCCGUGUUGAAAAGUCUGAAAAAGGAAGAACCAUAUGCAAUUCAACUGAGAACAAAGUUUAUCGAGCAGCAGAAACAAGAAAAGUGGUGCUUCAGUUUAUUGUAUUCAAUAAUGAUGAUGCUGGUGAUUGUCCUACAAAUAAAUUGUUAGAUGAAUUGGCAGUACUAAAGGAAAGGAACAAAUAUAUGGGAACUCAGCUGAAAGAAAUGGAAGAAAGAUAUUCUGAGAUUAGUCUUAAGUUCGCAGAGGUAGAGGGUGAAAGACAACAGCUUGUUAUGGACCUACGGAAUCUGAGGAAUGGUAAGAACUAG